CUAAGAACAAGCGUAAUGAAGAAAAAAAAAACUAUUAAACAAAGACUGAUUCAACAAAUCACAAGACUUUGGUAACAUUGACGUAUAUCUGUAUCUGUAUCUAUAUCUAUAUAUCUAUACUUCCAAACUGAAUCAUCAAGAAUUAGGCUUCCUCCUUACAACCCACCAUGGAUAUGGCUGUGUGGAACUCUUGGAAUUCUCAAUUCCCAUCAAGUAUUAUUCUGCUUUGUUUUCUCUUCUUCACCCUUUAUUACUUCCCUCUUCAUGCAACUGCACUGAACUUCAGCCUCAUCAAUAUUGAUCAAACGCUUCAAAAUCGUGAGAUACUAAUCGAUUCAUCUGCUUAUAUCACCUCCGAAGGCAUCCAAGUCACCCCAAACGACCUAGGCACGGACCGAUCGCAAAGAGCCGGUCGAGCCACAUAUAAAGAUCCUCUUCACCUUUGGGACAAAGCUUCUGGAAACUUGACAGACUUCAACACCUAUUUCUCGUUUGUCAUUGAUUCACAGCGAAGCGAUAAUUAUGGAGAUGGGCUCGCAUUCUUCCUUGUUCCUAAUGGUUCCACUCCCGAUAUCACAAAAGGUGGUGCCAUGGGGCUUCCAAUCAACCCCCAGACAAUCAAAUGGACCACUCCCUUUGUCGCUGUGGAGUUCGAUACCUAUCCGAAUAAGGGUUGGGACCCUGACUACACUUUUCCGGCAACUCAUGUAGGUAUCAAUAUCAACUCUCUCAACUCUAGCGCCACUGCACAAUGGUACAACAACAUAACAUAUGGGAUAAAAAAUGAAGCUUGGAUUAAUUACAAUUCUAGUUCGACAAUUUUGAGUGUUAUUUUCACUGGUUCUAAAAACAAUCAGAGAAUCGAAAGUAGCCUUAGUUACUUGGUUGAUCUGAGAGAGCAUUUACCAGAAUGGGUUACAAUCGGUUUCUCAGCUUCAACAGGAUCAAGUUUUGAGAAAAAUAAUGUGAAAUCGUGGACGUUCAAUUCGACUUUGCAAAUCGAUGUGCUAACAGAUCCAGAUCCCAGUCCAACUCCAGCCCCAAACACAGUCACCCCUGCCGUUGGAAAGAAGAUUGGUGCAAAAACCAAAAAGGCAUUGGUAGUGGGAUGGAUUGUCGGCUCUUUGGUUUUGGUUGGUGGGUUGGCUUUGGUUGGCUUUGUCAUGUGGAAGAAAAGUAGAGCAAAAGAAGAAGACGAGUUUGCUAUUGAACUAUCCAUGAACAGCGAAUUCGAGGCAGGUACCGGGCCAAAGAAGUUUUCAUAUGGUGAAUUGUUUCAUGCAACAAACCACUUCGCAGAGGAACAGAAGCUUGGAGAGGGAGGAUUUGGUGGGGUUUAUAGGGGUUUCUUAAAGGAAUCCAACUCCUAUGUUGCUGUGAAGAGGAUAUCAAAGGGAUCAAAACAGGGAAUAAAGGAGUACGCAUCGGAAGUGAAGAUCAUUAGUCGUUUGAGGCAUAGAAAUUUGGUGCAACUAGUUGGUUGGUGUCAUGACAGAAGAGAACUCCUACUUGUGUAUGAGUUCAUGGAAAAUGGAAGCUUAGAUUACCAUCUAUUCAAAGAAAAAAGCUUGUUGACAUGGGCAAGAAGGUACAAAAUUGCUCAAGGCUUAGCCUCAGCAUUAUUCUAUCUACAUGAAGAAUGGGAACAGUGUGUGGUGCACAGGGAUGUAAAAUCAAGCAAUGUCAUGUUGGAUUCAAAUUUCAAUGCCAAACUUGGUGAUUUUGGGUUAGCCAGGUUUGUCGACCAUGGUAAAGGGUCACAAACAACCGUUUUGGCAGGGACCAUGGGCUAUAUGGCACCUGAAUACUUAGUUACUGGGAAAGCCAAUAAGGGAUCCGAUGUCUUUAGCUUUGGAGUUGUGGCAUUGGAGAUAGCUUGUGGAAGAAAACCAAUUGACUUUAAGGUCCCAGAAAGUCAGAUGAGAAUGGUGGAGUGGGUUUGGGACCUCUAUGGUGCCAGUAGGCUUCUUGAAGCGGCAGUGGAUCUGAAGAUAUGCCCAGAUUUUGUUCAAAAAGAAAUGGAAUGCUUGAUGAUUGUUGGGCUGUGGUGUGCUCACCCUGAUCACAAUCUCCGGCCUUCAAUUCAGCAAGCAAUUCAUGUGCUUAAUUUUGAAGUUCCAUUGCCCAUUCUUCCAGCAAAAAUGCCGGUGCCAACAUACUUAGCUCCACCAAUGAAUGCUUCAUCAUUGGUCUCUUUAACCUAUGGCCGUACUACUAUUUCUGAUAGCAGCCAGGUUCAUUCUUCAAGCUAUAGCUACAACACAGAUUCCUCAAAGUUUACCUCAUCCUCUGCAGCUUCUUCUCCAUCUGCAUCACUUUUGUAUACAUGAAUAAGUUGAUUAGUAAAGUGAUCAAAUUUUGAGAACACAUAAGUUUUGAUUCAACAAGUUUCUUGUACAAUAUUUUAAUGUAUUUAGUAGUUAUUAAUUCCACCAGCUAAUUUUUAUAUGUAAUAUGUAGUAUACCCAUAUGUUUCAGUGUUUGUUUUGGAUUCAUCACUAUAAACAUUACCCACCAUAUAUAUCUAUUUGUUCAUGAUUAUCAAUUAUUAAAAAGUUAGAAAGUAAU